AUUCCACUCCAUCAGUGGGCAGCGCUCUGCUCUCCUCCACUCACGAACUCACUCACUCACUCCCCUUGCCCCCAUCCAUCCGCUAGCCACUAGCUCCAGCAGGCUCGCCGCCGACACUCCACUAGUGCUCUGCUCUCUCCGCUCCACUCACAAACUCCCCUCGCUCCCCCCCCCCCCCCCCCCCCCCCCCCCCCCACAAAUCGGCGAUGGAUCUGCUGCUGCGGCGGCGGCUGCUGGCCGUGGUGGCCACGGCGGCGGUGCUGGCCGUGUGCGCCUUCACGGCGGCGGAGGGGUUCGACAUCCUGCAGAUCCUGGGGAAGCACGACGAGUUCUCGCAGUUCUGCAAGCUGCUCAACGAGACGCACCUGGCCGGCGACAUCAACCGCGACCGCACAAUCACCGUGCUGGCCGUGGCCAACGGCGACAUGGGCCACCUCGCCGCCGGCCACUACUCGCUCGGCACCAUCCGCCACAUCCUCGAGCUGCACGUCGUCGCCGACUACUACGACGACAAGAAGCUCAAGCAGCUGUCGCACGCCGCCACCGCCGCGUCCACCUUGUUCCAGCGAUCCGGAUUUGCCCCCGGCAUGGCAGGAUACGUGAACAUAACGCAGCACCGCGGCGGCAAGGUGUCGUUCAUCGUGGACGACGCGGCGGACAGCGUCAAGCCCGUCACCUACGUGAAGCAGAUCGAGAGCCACCGCUACGACUACUCGGUGCUCCAGGUCAGCGGCGUCCUGUCCUCCCCGGAGGCCGAGGCACCCGUCGCCCCGCCGGCGCCCGUCAACCUCACCGACAUCCUCUCCAAGAAGUACUGCAAGAGCUUCGCGGGCCUCCUCGCCGCCGACCCCAAGGUCUUCGACACCCUCAACGGCACCAAGGACACCGCGCUCACCGUCUUCUGCCCCGUCGACGCGGCGGUGGCCGCCUUCAUGCCCAAGUUCAAGAACCUCACGGCCAAGGCCAAGACGGCCAUCCUGCUGUACCACGCCGUGCCGGACUACUACUCCAUGCAGUUCCUCAAGUCCAACAAGGGCAAGGUCACCACGCUCGCCACCACCAGCGUCGCCAAGAAGGACUACACCUACGAAGCGGAGAGCAAGGACGACACCGUCACGCUCGACACCACCGUCGUCACCUCCACCAUCCAGGCCACCGUCAGGGACGACGACCCGCUCGCCGUCUACGCUUGCUCCAAGUUCCUGCAGCCUAAGGAGCUGUUCAAGGCCAAAACCGCUGAUCUCGCGCCUGCGCCGGCUCCACAAGGGCCCAAGAAGAAGAGCAAGAAGAAGCCCACCGGCACUUCGGCGGCCUCCGCGCCCUCGGACGAUGAAUCUGCAGAUGGCCCGUCUGCCGACGACGACUCGUCCGAUGAUGCCGCGGACAAGGCUGCCGCCGCGCCGUCGUACCUGUCCGCUCGAUGGGUGACCGCCGCAGUGACGACCGCCGUCGCGCUGGCGCUGGCGGCGUAAGGUGUGCGCUCAUGUGCUAUGUUUUUUUUAUAACUUAUUGGACCCCCUAUCUUCUUUUCUUUUGUCCAAGUCGUGUCCCUUCCUUGUUGGUGAACAAAAUAAGAAGGGCUAUUUUUGUUUUUUAUAUUUAUUACCGCAUUCCAUUAAAAAAAAAUUAGAGGUGUGUGUGAGUGAUGUAA